CAAAGGGUGUUCGGUCUCUGUACCAUCUGUUUUCACAUCAUUCAUUCUUCCGCAAAUCUUUGUUCUCAAUUGACUUUAUGCCAUAAAAGAUGCACAGGACUCUUGCUAAACUGUGCCACAAAUCAAUCAGAUACUCUUGCGUUUACCACAAUCGUCUGUUCUCUCUGUGCCAACGUCUUAGUACCAUCUCCACCUUAACCAACACUAUUGACAGAAACCCAUUUGAAUCACCAGGUCUUAGCUACUCCACUCCUGUAGAAUUGCACCAUUUGAGCCGUGUCUUGCAAGAAUGCGCUGAUUCCAGAGAUUUCCAGACUGGUUUAUCUGUCCAUACCCUACUCCUAAAGCUUGAUUUUGAUCAGUUUAUCUCCUUAUGGAACAAGCUUCUAAGUAUGUACUGUAAAUGUGAUCAGUUUUUUAUUGCUCGUCGUGUGUUUGAUAAAAUGUCUAAAAGAGAUGUUGUUUCUUUCAAUACGAUGAUUUCGAAUUGUGUUCGUUGUAAUUAUUGUCUCGAAGCUGUCUCUUUCUAUCACAAGAUGAUAGAAGAGGAUGCCAAGCCCAAUCAUAUCACUUUAGCUGGGUUGAUUGGAGCUUGUGAUGGUUUAGGAGCUGAACGACUGAGAGGCGUCUUUCACGCACAAGCAAUUCGGUAUGCAUUGAGUUCCAAUGAAUAUGUGGGCUGUUCCUUGGUUGAUGGGUAUGCAAAGCAAAUGAGAUUAGAAGAUGCUAUUAGAGCAUUUGGUGAGAUUACAGAACUGGAUUUGGUUUCGUGGAACAUUAUGAUUGAUGCGUGCGUGCGAAACUAUAAUAAAGAACAUGCUUUAAGAAUUUUCACUCAGAUGCAACAAAAGAAUGUGGAAUAUGAUGGAUUUAGCUUGACUAGUAUCACAAAGACAUGUUUGGAACCCAGAGAUGUCUAUCUUGGGAAGCUGCUCCAUUGUUGCGCUAUAAAAAAUGGUUUGACUUGUGAAACACCUAUAAGCAAUGCCCUUAUUACAAUGUACUCAAGAUGUGAAGGAGGAAUGGAGUCUGCCGUGAAAAUUUUUGGGGGAACUUUAGCUCCUAACAUUAUCUCUUGGAUUGCAAUGGUUACAGGGUUCAUGCAAAAUAAACAAAAUGAGCAAGCAAUUGGGUUGUAUCAGAAUAUGCUUAGAUUGGGUGUGAGAGAUAAUGAUUUCAGCUUUGCUAGUAUCCUUUCAGUGUAUAGUAAUUUGGCAAACCUCGAGCAUGGGAGGCAAAUUCAUGCUAGGAUUGUCAAGUCAUGCUUUGGAUUGGAUCUUUCUGUUAACAAUGCUCUAAUAGAUAUGUAUUCCAAGUGUGGCAACUUAGAAGAAGCUCACUUGGUGUUUAGGACAAUGGGAAAACAUGACAAGAUUUCUUGUACGACAAUGAUUACAGCUUUUGGCCACCAUGGCCAAGGGAAGACCGGCUCUUUCUAUUCUCGAUGAAAUGACUAGGGAAGGAUUAAAUCCUGACGAUGUUACGUUUCUUGGGUGUCUUUCUGCAUGUAGCCAUGGCGGUCAUGUGGAUGAAGGGGUUUGGGUUUUCAGGAUGAUGGUUGAUAUUUAUAAUCUUAAGCCUAGAAGGGAACAUUUUUCUUGUGUUGUUGACAUGUUGGGUCGUGCUGGUAGGUUAAUUGAAGCAGAGAGUUUUAUUGAAGAGAUGGGGAUUGGAUCAGAUUUUUUUGUAUGGGAAACAUUGCUCGGGGCUUGUAGGCUUCAUGGAGAAAUGGGUUUAGGAGAAAAGUCGGUGAAAAAGAUUAUUGGGUUACAACCAAAUAAGCAUGGGUCUUAUGUGUUGUUAGCCAAUAUGUAUGCUGACCGGGGAUUGUGGGAUGACAAGGGACUUGUGUUGGAGAAUUUGGCUACAAAUGGAUUGAAAAAAGGGGCUGGAUGUAGCUGGGUUGCAUGAGUUCUUAGUUAUGACAGCAACAGUUUCAGGGAAGGCUGAAUAAUUUGAAAAUCAUCAUGUUUUCAUAGUUGCAGCUCAGCACAUCAUAGAACAAUGAAAUAUCAGUUGAAAUUGCUCUUGGAUUGAAAGAAAUCUCAGCCUUGAGUAUUUAAGUCUCUUGUGAAGUAUAGUUUUAGGGCAACUCGUAAAAUUUAGCUUGGUGGUGUUGGAAGACAUCAUUAGUGUGAUUGCAAAGAAGAUGAAAUUUUUCUGUACAUUAUUUAUUAAAUGGAAAUGAGGUAGCCAAUCUGUCGGCUCAAAAGCUCCAUACAAGAGGUCAUACGCAGAUAACUCUUUCAUCAAUUUGUAAAAAUUCCAUCUAUGUUCUCAAUGAGACAUCUAACAUGCAUAAAUCUUCUGUUAUUUGUUGCCAACCUCAGCUUUGUCACACAUUUGCCACUCUUCGGAAUGAAAGAUUAUGAAACUUUAAGAGCACUUGAUUUUGAUAAUGCUCCCACAGUUCCUUCAAUGAGUGAGGAAGAGAUAAAUGUUCUUCCUGUUUACAAAGUUGCUAGCUGCCAAAGGUUAGUUAUCAAGUACCAAAAGUUUGGGUUUCUGUCUAAGCAAAAUAAGUGGAAAAUUUUAGUUGGUGGAUCUCAAUUGAUAUUGUUUACAAUAAGGUUAUGUCUUGGAUGGAAAACAAAUACUGUGGAGUGUAGAGCAAUGUAGGUGAAGGCAAUAUGUGCAACCACAUCGUUUCAAAAUUUGUACAUAUUUUGUCAUAAUUCAAUGGGAAAACAGUGGCAGUAGGAUACCCGUGGCUGCUGCAAUAGAAAUAUGACUCGGGUUUGUUGUCUUGUGUUAAAAGGCUAUUCUUUGUGCCUGCAUCUCUUAGGUUGUGAGAUGCUUUCCUAUCUUGGUUAAGUUCUAAGGACGUCAGCUUGUUCUGUUUCUAUAUUCCCUACCUUGUUUUGUGUGAGUUUUCUAUUCCAUUCAUAUGUUAUUGACAAAUUAGUAAGUUAAUUUCAUUUACAUUCAUUAAGCCCUACAUCAUGAUAUGGUUUUAUGCUCAAUUUUCUAUGCUUAAAUAUUUAUUUGCCACUUAGAAAUUGGGAUAAGUUGUUUUGAUUGUAAAGUUGGGUUGAUGAAUUAAGGAAGUUUAUGAAAGUUAAAGUGUAUGUGUGAGAAAUCAAUUUUAACCAUUAAACAUGAGAUGCUCUAGUGGACAAUGUUCCAUGUAGAUUACAUUUUUUUAUCUCUUCUUUUCACUUCAAGACAGAAGUGAGCCUGUUUUACAUACGUUUAUGAAUGUGAAUCUCAUUGCUUUGUGUUUAGGAGUGAAAAAUAAGAUAAAAAUAAAAUUAUAUAUAGAAUUAUUUUUAAAUUACAUAACACUGUCAUACAAGAAUGUGCUAAAAUGACACAAUCAACAAUGCCACGUGUGACAAUCAAUGAUGCUGCGACCCCCAAGCGCGAAGCGCGUGGGGGGCCAUCUAGUAAAGUUGAAGAAUGGCCAACAUAUGUACCACAACAUAAAACUCAAUGGUUUUCCAUUAAGAAAAUGUAGAGUUAUUACCUUGAACACAAAUACAACGUUUGAGUCAUCAAUCCAACAUGCAUUUGGGUUUGAAUCUGUUGAGAAUCUAAUUCAAACAUGUCCAGAUUUAUUUUAGUGAGUCCAUUUCAUGUUUGAGUUCAAGUUAGUGGUCUUUGACUUAUUCAAAGUAGUGGUAUGUAGUUUCAGCUUAUGUAGGGAUUGUGUCAAGUGGUGUCAUAGUUUUUAGGAUAGUUGGUUUAGUGGAUAGUGUUAAUUAUUGUUCAUAGGUCUGUUGCUAUUUUUCAGGUAGUGGAGUUAGUCGAUAGUUCUCUAUUUAAAGAGCAUUGUAGAGUCCAAGUUUGUGUGGACAAAGAAUUAAAAAAAUUGUUUUCUUCUUCAAUCUCUGUGUCUAGCAUAUAUUAUUUUUGUUUAAGAAAUCUACAGUGUGGUAUCAGAGCCAGGUGGAGGGCUGGAAGAAAGCAACAAGAGUUUACAGCAGUGACAUUGACUGCAAUGUGUUUUUAGAAAAGUGUGAGUAUUUUGGAACUCAUGGCAGGUAAUACAAAUACAACUUCAAUUUCUCUACAAAGUGUUCCCAUAUUUAAUGGAAACAAUUAUCAUUUUCUAGUCUAUUAAAAUGAAGACAUUAUUUGCAUCCAAUGAUUUGUGGGACUUAGUAAAGAAUGGGUAUGAAGAUUUUGCUGAACAAGAAAGGGUGUCAGCAGCACAGAGGAAUGAAUUGAAGGAGAAACAGAAGAAUGAUGCAAAAGCCUUAUUUAUGAUCCAGCAGGGCUUGGAGGACACCAUAUUUCCAAGAAUCAUGGCUGCCACUACAUCAAAAGAAGCAUGGGACUUGCUCCAAGAAGAAUACCAAGAUACGUUGAAGAUAAUCACAGUUAAGCUCCAAACUCUUCGUCGUGAAUUUGAGAACUUGUAUAUGAAAAAUUCUGAGAGUAUUCAGGAUCUUUUCAUAAGAUUCACUUCUAUUGUGAAUCAAAUUCGAUCAUAUGGAGAAGAGUUGUCCGAUCAGAAAAUUAUUGAAAAGGUGUUAAGGAGUCUUACUCCUAAAUAUGAUCACAUAGUUGCUGCUAUAGAAGAAUCUAGGAUCUAACCACUUAUUCUGUGAAUGAACCAAUGGGUUCACUUCAAGCUCAUGAACAAAGGCUGCAGAGGACAGCAGAGAACACAAUGAGCAAGCAUUUCAGUCAAAGGUAGAUUUAAAUAAGUGCUCAGAAGGUCUUGGAAGAGGACACAGUGGUAUAGGUAGGGGACGUGAAAAUGCAUCUCGUUGAAGAGGAAGAGGCAAAUUUAAUGCCCAACAGAGAUACUUUAUUGGAGGUGACAAUGCUUACUCUACUCCAUGUUCACAUUGUGGAAAAACAAAUCAUGAAGACAAGGAUUGUUGGUUUAAAACCAAAACAGCUCAAAAUAAAAAUGUUCCACAGUGGUAUAAUUGCAAGGAGUUUGGCCAUGUUAAGAGAAAUUGUUUUAAAAAGGCUAGGGAGCAAGCCGAUUUUCAUGAAGAAAAAAAAAAAAAAAAAA